UUUAACAGUAUCUUUAUGGAAGAAAUUAUCUGAAAAUUAUUCUCUUGUCGCGUCAGCUGCUUUUGUUAUCAGCUAUCUAUCUACUUUUUUAGUAGAAGGCAGAGAAUAUAGUUCAUUUAUUGACUGCGCAGUGGAAAGAGAAAGAAGCAUUUCUGAAUUCAAUUGCUUUAUUGCUAUAUUCAGCUGUAGGUGACCAAAAUUUAUUUUCAGUAAGGUAAAUUGAACAGAAUGCCGCAUUUUCCAGUUAAAUUUGUAACAAAAUUUCCAAUUUUAUGUGAUAAAAAAAGAAAUCGCUUCAUUUCGAAAGUGGACUUAAGUGAUGAGUGGUUUGUUAUAUUCGCCUCCAAUUCUUUUUCAUUUACUAAGAAGGACUUUGAAUGUAACUCUGUAGAAAUUCUUCACAAAAAAAUUACUAAUGAAGAGUUUUCGAUCCGUGGAAUACUUUCCCUUGUCGAAGAAAGUCUUGUAAUAUUUCAUAAAGAUUUCUCAGAAAUUAUAAAACCCGGAACUUCCUAUAAAGAGAUAAUUUCAGAUUUGGACCCUCCAAUUUAUGCAGAAUCUUCUAAAAUUUAUAUAUUGCUUGGUAUUGUGUAUAUUGAAAGUAUCAGUGAUGUUUUCGCAAAAGAGUAUCUGCUAAAAGAUACUAAAAAAGGAAUACAGCUUACAUCUAUGGAGAAAUUAUUGGAUGAUUUCGGGAGAUUAUUGGAUCCAAAGACGUCUUCCUUCUCAGAUGUGGUUUUAAAAUGUGGCGAUGUUUCCAUACCAGCGCAUAAAAAUAUUCUAUCCGUACGAUCUCCCGUUUUUGAAGCCAUGUUUUCUAACCCUAUGAAAGAAAGUCACAAAAAUGAAGUGAGUGUCAUAGACAUAGACGAAACUACUGUUCGGAACUUAUUGAUUUACAUAUACACAGGGACAAUUUCUGACUUGACUGACUCGUCUGCCGCUGAUCUGUUGUUUGCUGCUGAUAAAUACCAGCUUCAAGACCUCAAAACAUUGUGUUGUGGUUUUUUGAAGAAUACCAUGUCACUUCAAAAUGUGUUAAACAUCCUUGUUUUAGGAGAACUGCACGCCGAUGACUUGAAAUCCUUUGCGAUAGAAUAUAUAUGCAACAAGUGUACUAACUUCUCUACUAUAGAAGAACUAGAGGAAUGGAAAACCUUGAGGAAAGAUAGGCCCGCUUUGGCUAUGGAUGUUUUGACUUCCUUGAUCAAUAUCCUCCCGAAGUGAAAAAAGUGGUAGCAGAGAUGAUAUAUUAAAUCUCAUACAAAAAUAAUAAUUUUAUCAUAGUAAUCAUCCUCUUUUUGCACUACAUUUUCGAAAUAAAGGUAAAAGCUGACAAACGGAAAGAUUGAAGGAAAUCUAGUCAAGUUUAUCAAUUCAUUACUAUGAUCGAUGUUUAUAUUUUUUCAAUGAAUGAAAAUCUAUACACACCGAAUGUAUAAAAUGUUUAAUUAAAUAUUUUUGCAUCAAAAAUAUCACUUUCGAAGUUCUCUUCUGAAGGCUUUCAGGUAUGAUUGCAUUGUUUGUAAAAUAUUAAUUAAACUGGAAUUUUGCAUUGAU